UAUAUUUCUCAUCUACAGUAUUUUAUUCAUUUGUCAAAUAAAACCCACUAAACAUGAAUUUUAUGUUGCUUAACUCAAAAAGAAUAGAUGGGACAACAUACAGUAACUUAUAAAUUGUGUACAGGAUGAAUAGGUGACAAGACUCACAACAAUGGCUUUUUAUCAAGAUAAUAUACCUUUUAUUCCAUCUUCACCAAAGUUACCUGCUAUUUCAUCUGGUGGACUUGUCACUGGACCUGAUAGUUUUGUUUUUAAAAGGCCUUCACAUGAUGACUGGACAAGUGCUUUGCGGAGACAAAUUGACCAUUCAAUUCAUACAUCUGGUCGAUCUCAUCCAGAAGAUAUUGCUCAAUUACACAAAGAACUUGUCAAACUCAUUAUCAUGGCUUUGCAGCCAAAAUCAUCGAAAGAGGUUUGGCUUGAUCUGAAUCAUGCAUUGGGAUUGAUCAAACCGUACGCAAACUUUCUAUCUUCUGGUCAUGGUCGAGUGGGAUUGUCAUUUCAAACUCAGCAUUAUGUUGAAAGAGUGUUUGUCGCAUAUCAUAAAGAUAUAGCAGAAUAUUAUGAUAUUCCUAUAUUGGAGUCAUUGAGGAAGGUAUUUCCAAAUGAACUGUCUGCAGUGGAAGCAAAAUUUGCUCGAAUAACAACAGAUGGAUCUCCGUCUCCUGAUUUUGUAAUCAGUGGUGGAGGUUAUUUACCAAAAAGAGGAAAAACACCACAGCCAGAAAAAGUUAAACAUGAACCUAUUACAUCUAUAAAACGAUCUUUAACAAUGGAUUUACCGGAUGGAAGACAUCCUUAUACUCUUAUGCGACGAGGAGAUGAACCAGAACUUUACUUCAGACCAAGACCUUUAACAUUUGGAGAUGUCAAUCAGUCUAUUCAUGUUGUAGCUGGUGAAGCAGCUAUGAAAGAAUCACUAUGGAAAGAUAACCAGAGUGCUACAGUUGCUGCUCUUCAAGUUAAUCUUCUACCUGCUGGUCCAACAAUUCCAAUAAAAGACCCUAAAAAAUGGGUCCCUUUGGCCACGAGUAGCUUAGAAGAUGAUGAACCUGUUAAGUCAGUUCCAACAUCACCAAGAAAGCAAGCAGAAUUCAAAUCAAUGACUGGGCGUGAAGCUGUGGAAUAUUUUAUGACUGAAAAACAUUUGAACAAAGUCAAAUUUAUGUAUUUUAAUAUUGCUGUUAGCAGACAUUACAGACCCUAUGAUUUGAUAUCCGUACCGGAAGACAAAGUAAAACAAGAACAUUACAUAUUUUCAACAUUUGGUGUUCUGCAUGUUUAUCCUGAUGGUUCAACAUCUGAAACAAUGACUCUGGCAGAUUGGAACAGAAUGUCAGUUUUGUGGGGAGUGGUUUCAAAGCUUGGGUUUUUCAAGAACUUUCUGCUUUGCAAAUCAUUACGACACUGGAGAAGAACAGUUCGUCGUCAACGCCUUAUAAGAAUGAGAACAUAUCUACAGUUGAAUCUUCUUCACACUAUACCUGAAUUUGGUGCUGCGUUACUUCACAUAUUUCGAUUAGUUGGGGAACUGAUGGAAGUAAAAAUGCUUCCUAAUAAAUCCUCUGGAAUUAAACAAUUACCACUUGUUUCUUUUUCCGCUGAUGCUUCUCAAAAAAGAAAUGAUGUUGAACACAUGCUUGAUGUUUUCUUCCGUUAUUGUAAAAAAGUUGUUGAUGUGACGAGACAAGAAUGUUUUGAUCAGUUGAAACAUUAUGAAUAUCAGGCUCGCCACAUGAAGUCACUUUUCAGCAAAGAAUCAUUAUAUAUUCAACGCAAGAAAAAACAAGCUAGACUAAUGAAUCUUGAAAAAGCGAGACAAGCAAUCAGACAACUUGCAACGUUUAUUACUCUCGUCGAUCAAGUUAUUUCUGUACAUCUGCUGCAGGCUUUGAGAACUUCAGUUCAGAGGUUUGUGUACGGGGUUUUGUGUUUCCAAGAGUAUGAAAGUGAAGAGAGAGAGGAAGGAGGAAUCUUAGAUGAUUCACAUUCAACAUCAACAAGCCCAUCUAAGGGACUUCCUUCUACAUAUUCUACCAAAGGGGACUCUACCACUAAAACGAAUGUAUCCCUCAAGUCAAAAGCAUCUGUUUUCAUCACAAAACUUGUAUUCAAUCCAAAGACAUGUGAACUGGAGAUGCAGCCUUCACCAGCAAAGUUUAAAGAGGGAAUUUGUUCAUGUAUCAGCACCGUUAUAUCAACAGUUUGUGAUGAAGCUCAUUCUAUGAAUAUAUCUGGUAAACCAAGUAAGAAAGAUGUCACUGAUCAGCAAGGAUCUGAUAAAGCAUCAGUGGAUAGUGCUCCAUCCACUAGUUCGGAAAGAUCGUCGAUUGAUUCACUCUCUUCUGAUCUUGAUGGACAAAAUAUGUAUGACGAGGUGGAUCCAGCAGAAGAUAUGGCAGAUUUGAAUGAAGAUGGAAGUCAAGGAUUUGGUGAUCCAGAUCUUCCUUCAAAGAAAAUGCCAACUAAAGCAGAAGAUAGCUUGGGAGUUGCUACUCCUAAUCUUGUGCUCUCUCCUGAACCUAAAACUAGAUUUGGUCUGAUGGUCGAUGGAGAAGGAGUCAUGGGUCAAUUCAAUCCUCUUGACCAAUCAAAAUUGAGAAAUAAACUAACCAAUGACAGUGAGAUUUUAGAAGCAAUGAAAGUACAAAAUAAUAUUGUUGAUGAUGCUCUGCUAGAUGUUGAGGCAUUCUGUGUUGAGCAUAAUCUGUGGUUGGUGCCGAUACGAAAAUUCACUUCGAAAUGGUCACAAAAGAAUUUAGAUGAAUGGAAAGGAAAACCAGCAAGAGAAAUUGAAAUUUUGUUGAAUCAGAUAAAAGCCUGGAAUGAUCAAGUGAAAAACAUGGACCGAUCAAUAUUAAGCAAUAAUCGUUUGCUACUUGUGGAUUGUAGAUGUCCACAAACUGAUGUUGUUCCAGUUUUAUCAUCCAUAUUCAAACAAUUGAUUGGAUUGGUAGCAGCUGAUGCCAAAAAUCUUUCUCUUGAAAUAACAACAAGUUCAAAAGAAGCAGUCAAGGUUUUGGAAAACAAAGAUUUGAACAUGAAGUCAUUUGCUGCAUACGCUCGUAAAGUUACAGAAUGUCAACAAAUGAAAGAUAGUAUGUCUGGAAAGGUUACCUACAUAAGACAAUUGUAUGAAGUGGUGAGAAUGACUUACAGACAACUCACACACGAAGAAGAAAAACUAGACGAAAAGGUUAAAACUGCAUGGGAAGCAUUUGUUUUCCAGUUGAAAGAUGCAACUAACUUUGUUUCCAAUCAACGUCCAAUAAUACUGAAACAACUGGAUGAAAUGUUUCAAGAAAAAUAUUCUUAUAUUAUAAAAUUAAGUCAGCAAUCUUCUUCGGGAUCAAUGGUGGAUCCAACCAAAAGUUCUUCAGAGGUUAUUACUGAAUUGAAAAAUAUAAUAUCCAAAUUUUUCGCGACCCGACGACAACUUCAAGAUUUAAGUUCAUGUCGUGAAUCAGUCGAAGGAAAGAAAUAUGAGUUAGGAGAAUUGGAUGGUAUGUCAAAAGUAAUGGAAGAUAGACUCGAAUUAUGGAAAUAUAUUAAUAUCUCUACUCAAACUAUAAAGGAAUGGAAAAACACACUUUUCAGGAGGUUUGAUGUACAAGUUGCAUUGGAUAAAAUUCAAGAUUGGCAGAGAGCAGCUCUAAAAUUGCAAAAAAAUCUUACUGAAGAUGAUCCAGUACUCCAAAACUGGUUGAAGAUGUUAUCAGACUAUGCAUGUGAGUUACCACUCCUACAAAUCAUGUCGGAUGAAGCUAUCAAAUCUCGACAUUGGAAACAAAUAUUUACUGGGAUGGGAGAAUCAUUUGAACCAGGAUGGGCUUUUACUGUGAAUGACUUGUUGUCUUACAAGCUAUCGGAACAUACAAAUCUAAUAAAUCAGGUUUAUCACAGUGCAAUGGCUGAAUUUACACUGGAACAAAUGUUGAGGAAGAUCAAGAACGAAUGGGAAAACAGACAAUUUCAUCUUGCUAAACAUAUUCAUGUUAUUACAACUACUGUACAAGAAGAACCAAAGCAAGUGAACACAAAACCUCCUGGUAGCAGAGGCAGCAGAACUCGUGAUACCAAACUAAACGCUAAGCCUCUGACAAAAGUUGUUACACAGGAAAAAGACAGCGAAACCUAUGUAUUGGUGGGAGCUGCCAAAUUAUUGAAUGAAUUAUCAGAUAGUCAUGUUGCAUUGCAAGGAAUGUUACAAUCUCGACAUGCAGCUGAAGUACAAGCAGAAGCAGAAAUCUGGAGUGAUACGUUACAACAGAUUGGGGAAAUUGUCAACCUGUGGACAUCUUGUCAAGAUAAAUGGAUGUAUCUGAAUCGUGUAUUUUCUAGUGAGUCUCAUCUUUCUCGAAGAUUUCCAGCACAAAUAUUAUUGUUUGAAAAUAUUGACAGAAAAUACAGAGAUUAUGUGAGAGCAAUGAUAAAUGAUCCAAAAGUUCUCUCUGUGCUUUCAAGGCGACAUGGACAGAAAGGUUGGAGAGAACUGCAAGGUGAAAAUUUGCGAAAACAUAUUUUGUCUUGCAUACAAAUGCAAGAAGAAUUGUUGUCAAAUAUUUCAUAUUUGUUGGAGGAAUUUCGCUCUGAAUUUACAAGGAUGUACUUUCUCUGUGAUGAAGACUGUAUUCGACUUCUUGCAGUUGCUAGGCAACCAAAGAAAUUCUUGCCAUAUGUUCGUAAAUGUUUUACCGGAGUAUCAUCUAUUACUUACAAACUACCAUCAUUUGGAUCAAUAGUUAAUUUAAUGAUGAAUACAUUGGAUCAAGAACUACAUUCACAUGAGCUUCAAGUUACUCAGAUUCAAGGCAAAAACAAAGAAGUGAUUGAAUUCCAAAGUCCUUUAUCUAUACAAGAUGAUGCUACAACAUGGAUGAAAUUAUUUGAAGAAAAAUUAACAGUUUCCUUGACCACUGCAUUGCAUUGUAUUAUGCAUCAACGAAUAUUUGGUGAACAACAAUCACCAUUGGAAGCAUUGGAAGAACUGACAAGAAGUGAGAUGGUAUUUCACACUGAUGAUGAAAAAGAUGAGACCUUCAAGCAUUGGCUGCUUCGAUAUCCAAGUCAGGUUAUUCUACUUUCUGAUUCAAUAUUAUGGAGCACAAAUGUUGAUAAAUUAUUGAAGUCUGGUAGAAAGAAAGAAAAAUAUAAAAACCUGAUUAAAGAUUUGUGUCUGAAAAUUAAGCAUUACAGCAACAUUGUCAAAGACAAUGCAAAACCUGCACAAGGUAACGAUACUCGGGGAAGACUUCAAUCUACACUUUCAUCAGCAAUAUCACAAGCUAUAUAUCAUAGGGAUGUUGUUCAAUCACUUGAACGAGAUAAUGUUUCUGACAACAAGUCAUUUGAAUGGAAAAGAAUUAUAAGACACACAAUGGAUAUUCCAGAUCAUGAGUUUGAUAUGAAAAUGUCAAUAAAAUCCUCACAAUUCAUCAAAUGUUUUGUUGAACAUAUGGGAAAUCGUGUUGCUGAAUAUGGAAUGGAAUAUGACAGUUCACCAACUGAUCAAAAAACGAAAUCACAUCCCGGAACUCCAUUUGUAAUGACACCAUUAACUGAGAGGAGCAUGUUUUCUCUAUCUCUUGCAAUGCAACUUGGUAAAUGUGGGACUCUUGUAGGACCAACUGCUACUGGGAAGUCAAACUUAUUAAAGCAACUUUCUCGAAUGUUUGGUCGUCCUCUCAUCAAUCUCAAUUGUUCAGAAGAAAUUACGAUAUCGGUGCUUCUCAGAUCUUUAUGUGGAAUGGUUGAAUCUGGUUCUUGGUUAUGCUUUGACCAAGUUCAUAGACUUCCAAUUCAUGUUUUAUCCGUCCUUGCCCAACAAAUCCGUCAUAUACAACUAGCUUACAGCACAUUAUAUUCAUCCACAAGAAGCCAAUAUUCUAUUCGAGGAAACUCACAAAAAGAGCAAACAACAUUAAUGAGAAGCAACUCUAUUCCAAGCUUGCACUGUGAUAUUGAAGAAACGCCCAAUAAAACACCAAUGAAUCAAACAAACAAAUGGAAACCAAAGAUCAGUGAUUUUCACUUGUCACAUUUAUCAAGACAUAAAGAAGAUAAUUUAUAUGUUUCUAAAUUUGAUAAAUCUAACACGCUCGGAAGUAUAUUGUUUAAUGGAAGACUUCUUCAAGCAAAACCAAAUUACGGAUUGUUUAUGAUGUUGACUCAUAACACAAGCUCUACUUCAUAUAUUCCACAUAAUAUGAAACUUUUAUAUCGACCAAUUGCACUGAUUCAACCUGACACAGAGAAGAUUAUCGAGGUGUGGUUGACUGCAAGUGGAUUUUCUAAUUCUCCAACUUUAGCUGGAAAAAUAUCGAUGGCUAUGAAAAUGUUGAAAGGUGUAACUGGUAAUAUUAACAAAAUGCCUCAUCAUCUAUCUGACGAAGCAGGAUUGAUCAAGAUUGCCGAUGUUUCACUCAAUGAUAUCAGAUGCAUUAUUACAAUGGCAUCUUUACAACGACAAACGUCUCCAUCAUUACCUCAGAGCAGAUCUGAUUCAGUGACUAGCUUAAACAGCAGUGCUAAAAGCAGUGUAUCUGGAUCAGUGACGAGCAGUACUGGUCGACGAGCUGCUUCAACAAAUUCUGAAACCUUGUUAACUCAUCACAAUGAAGAACUUUCAAUAGUUAAUGCUAUUGUCCAAAUAUUGUCAACUAAAGUGAACAGUUCACAUGCAACACUUAAGUUGAAAGAUGUUUUGAGAAGUGUAUUUCCACUUGUAUCAAGACCUAUUUCUGCAACUGAGUUGGAUCAAUUAUUACCAGAAGCCAUCAAUCACCAAUUGCAAAUUGAUGGACUUCAAGCAACAAGUGAAAUGGUGGAUAAAACUACUCAACUAUACAAUGCACUCAAAUUGAACAAAGCAGUAAUAAUUGUAGGACCAGCUGGAUGUGGAAAAACAACUAUUUACAAAACUCUAGCACAAACAAUCAAUAAAAUUUCAUCAGAUCGGAGAAAAAAAUUUUUGGACAUGUUUCAAGAACGAAUUGCUUCGUCUGAUUUUGAACUGAAACAAAGCAGAGAUGAACUGUUGUCUUCUGGGUCAGAGUUACAAACUGCUCAGAGUGGACGAUUUUCUGUCAUGGAUUCUGAAAUUGAUGAAAAAAUAGAUCUGACUGUAUUAUUCCCAAACACAUUAUCUGUUGAAGAUUUGUUUGGCUACCAUGAUGCAACAACAAACAAUUGGAAUCAAGGCAUGAUUGCUAAGAUACUGAAAGAUUAUGGUAUAUUGAAUAAAGAAGAUUCAUCUGUGGGUGACAGUCAGGAAAAAGUUCAAAAACAGGAUCAAGUUUUUGAAGGCCUGAAUAUGAAAGCCAAAGACAGCCUCAAGAAAUGGAUCGUUUUGGAUGGUGAAAUUAAUGCACCUUGGAUUGAAAAUAUGAGUUGUUUGUUGGAUGUUCAUAAAUCAACAAGACUCACAAACAUGGAUGAUCUUACAUUGAAUGAAUCGACUAACCUUAUAUUUGAAGUUAAUAAUUUUGCUACUGCUUCUCCAGCAAUGAUUACUAGAUGUGGAAUCAUCCAUUGUGAUGCGAUGAAUCAAUGGCAGUUGAUGAUGACAACAUGGUUAGAUACUGCGUAUGGUGAAUAUGCGAUCACACAACGUACUAUUAAAAUAUGGAAGGAAUUGAUACAUGAGCUUGUUCCUCAAACUCUAGCUUUUCUUCAGCAUAUUGGACAAAAUAUUACAAACUAUGGAAUUACAUAUGAACAAAAGGUGCAACAAUCUUCAUCCUAUGGUGUAGCUGAAUCUUCUUCAUUUCUUCAUCUUCUUGGAUCUUUGUUGAAUCUACAUUUAAAAAGAGAUUUCAGCAAUAGGGAAGUAGAGGAUGGAGAUAGAGCUGACAUAUUUAAUGAACCUCGAUCCCGUUUGACAUCAAUUGCUGGUGAAACAGAAAUUAGCUAUGCAAGUAGUAACAGAUCAAGGCUUGAUGACAAUGUUCCUGACUUUAAUCACCAGGUUGCAAUGAACUUGUUUGGAUUCGCAUUUGUAUGGGCAUUUGGUGGAACAUUACUUGAAAAAGAUAUGCCUGGGUUUGACGCAUUCUUCAGAAAUAUAAUGGCAAAUUCAAGGCAUGAGAUACAAUUUCCACUCUACGAAAGUGUAUUUGAGUAUUUUGUUGAGGAGGAAACAGGUCAAUUCACAGUGUGGGAAGAUAAAAUUGAUUUACGACCACAUGCUCCAGCAAGUGGGAGUUAUUAUGCUUUCAUUCAUCCAAUUGAACGUUAUGCAUACAUAGCCAAUACCUUGUUAAAGUCCAAAUAUCCUGUACUCAUAAUGGGUGAAAAUGGAUGCGGAAAAUCAACAAUGGUUUCUAAUAUAUUGCAAAUAGAACAUGAGAUGACAAGAGUGCCAGUUUGUCCUGGUUUGACUUCGCGUCAUCUUCAAAAACUUAUUGAAAGUCGAUCUUCAUCCAUGUUGAAGCAACAUAAUCUUGGACUCAUGGCUCAUCCGAAUGCAGUGAUUGACACUCGUUCUGAAGGGAAACAGAGCAUUUUAUUUUUCCUUGAUGAUCUAUCUUGUGCUUCUGGAAUUACGUCAAAAACUUGUGGAUCUGUUAUUCAACCAACUCACGAACUCAUGAGACAGGUAAUGUCAUCGGGUGCUGUGUAUGAGAGGGAACGGCAGAUGACGAAAGCUUUGGAAGGUGAUGUGAAUUUCUUGGCAUCCUCAUCAAUACCUGGCAACACUGGAUCUGGGCUUGGACAAUCUUCUUAUCUAAUCUCAUCCAGACUGACUCGAUUGUUCACUGUUAUUCACUUCUUACAGCCAUCUAAAGAAACUAUUCUAAGCAUUUAUCACAAUGCAGUCCAGUCAUGGCUUGAAGAAUUCCCUGCAUAUUCAUUGACAAGACAUUAUGAUUUAUCUCAGGCAAUUAUUUCUGGAGCAGUUGAUCUUUAUGCAUCAGUUCGAACUCAUUUGAAAGCAACACCUCGUCAACCUCAUUAUAUUUUCUCUCUUCAUGAUAUAUCACACAUUAUGCAGGGACUUUUCCUGUUAGCUCCUAGAACAAGAGGCAGACCUCGACCAAUGAGAAGAAGAGGUAGAGAUGAUGGUGGUGGAAAUAUUCAACUUCAAAGGCCUGGUGGAGGAAGAGCGGGCGGAAGACUGAGAGCAAGGGGAUGGGGUGAUAAUGCCGUUGGAGGAAUUCAACCUAUGCUCAGGACUGUUAUUAGAUUAUGGUUACAUGAAUGUUGUAGAACCUUCUAUGAUCGAUUGACAACAGAAGAUGAUCGUUCAUGGUUUUCCAAAUCAUUGCAAGGAACCCUGAAGAAACAUUUUUGUACUGACAAAGAAAAUCGUAUGGUUUCACCAGGGAUGGAGAGAGUGAAGGUUAUCAAAACUCCAAUUCCUUCUGUUAGUGGAAGUCCUCUUCCUUCUAGAACAAGCACUUCAACAUUCGGAACAACAACUACUGAUGAAUUUGCAAGCACAACUGAAAAUGAAGGAAAAAGUGGAAGAUCAACACAACUUGAAGGCUUUCAUAGAUCAGAAGGUUCAUCUUUUGAAAACAUUGAAGGAUCACCUGUAGGCAGACUAACUGAACAGGCUGUUUCUCAAUUGGCUGGCGGAGAAGGAGACAAAAUGGAUGAUAGCCAUUUUAGUACAACAGGUACAAGCUCAAGAAUGCCUCCCAACUUAGCUAUGUCUCCUCGAAUGUCAGAACAUACCCAAGAAUAUGAGGAUAAUGGUAGUGAAGAUAUGAACACUGAUGGAAGAAUAGCAGUUUCACAGAUGACAACAGACGAAUCUUAUGUUGAUUCAACCAGCAAAUCAGACUCUGGAUCUCGAUCGACAAGUGUAAAAGAAGGAUCUGCAGAAUUGGCAGGGAUUGGUGAAAGUUCAUCGGAAAGGAAUGGUGAACAGUCUGCUUUCGCAAGUACUUCAAGUGAAACACUGACAAUUGCUGAUGACAAUGGUACAGAAUAUGAUUCACGUCCAACUACAAAUGCUGAUACUAAAACUGAUUUUGAUGAAGAUGAUGAAAGUAGAUCAAUGACAACUGCAAUGGCUACUGAGCUAGAAACUGAUGAUUCAAAUGCAUCAGAUAAUGAAUCAGAAGAAGGUGAAGAAACAACAUCUGCAACAACAGAAAGUCGAUCAACAAAAUCAAAAUCUACUCAAGAUAAAACUCUAGAUCAGGGAAAGUCGAGUACUUCUGCGGAUAUGGAUGCUUUACUACCAUCCAGUGGUCCAGUGCCAAGAAGAAAAUCACAGCGUGCAGCUCAUGCAAGACCAGGGGGUGCCAAACUUGGUGUAACAUUUGUACCUGGACUUAUUGAUGACCCUGAACGAACAGCAAAUACAGCAGGACCACUUGCACAGUUUCAUCAGGUUCUUUCACAGAAUGAAGAUCCCACUUCAAUUUUAUUCAGCAAGAACAUCUUAUCUGCAGUGCAAGGUGGUGCAGAAGGAUACAGUGAAAGUACUGAGGGACAAAUCGCUAGUGCAUUACAAAUUGCUCUAGCUGCUUACAAUGGAGAAUCAACCAAUCCUCUUGAUCUUGUUUUCUUUCAACAAGCUGUUCAUCAUAUUGCAAGAUUAUCUCGUGUUCUAUCAUUGAAUCAAGGAGGACAUGCUUUGUGCUUUUCAUCAACUCGUUUCGCAGGAAGACGAUCUCUCACGAAGUUAGCUGCUUACUUAUGUAAAGCUAAUAUAUUCAAUGCAAAAGCAGAGCAAAGUAACAAUUCUGAUAAAAUCUUGAAUAGGAGAGAGACUUUGAGAAGGUUCAUAAUUGAAGCUAGUAUGUCUGCUGGUAUUAAAAAUGAAAGUACAAUAUUACUUGUUGAUGAUGAUUUUUCAUCUGAUGUCAACUGUAUUGAAGAUAUAUGUGCACUUGUGAAAGAUGGUCAAAGCCCAUCCCUCUACACUCAUGAGGAACUGGUAAAUGUAGCAGCAGAGAUAUUACCUGGUACAGGAUCUGUUCGAGGUGGAACAUCUUCUGAGAAGUUGGACCGAUGCUUAGAAGAUUAUUUCAAUCGUGUUUUGUUGAAUUUACAUGUUGUAUUAUUGAUGCCAUAUUCUUCUUUUGACGGUCCACAUGAUUUAUCUGACAUUAUGAAUACAUCAAGAAGUCCUUAUUUCCAUCAGAAGGAAGAAUACGAAUCACUUCAUAAACUUUUAAAAAGAUGUCCUGAGUUAUUGACAAGGUUUUCAUCUGUUGAUUUAUAUGAAGCAUGGAAUCAUGUAGCAUGGAUGAAAGUUGCUGAAAAUUAUCUUGAAGAAUUUACUGGGAUUUCUUCAGACUUUGGAUCACCUGGAGGCAAAAUACCUAUUCCGUGGCCUUCAGAUAUAUCAGCUGUACAACAAAUUGUCAAUCUAUGUCAUGUUAUGGCUUUCAUACACCGGGAUGUUGUCAGAAGAAUAAAAGCUAUUUCACCAAACUAUGCGAAUAAACUGAUUACACCGACUACGUUCCGCACACUGUCAGAACUACUCGUCAAUAUUUCUAUAAAAGUUGGAAGAGAUGAGAAAAAAUUACUCAGAAGAUAUGAGCGGGUUUUAAAGAAGAUUCAUGAUGCAGAAGCUAGUGUUGAGCGUUAUUCUCUUGGUAAAGAAGGUUUACUUCCUCUGCUUGAAGCUGCUCGAGACACAGAAAGAUCUUGGAAACGACAUGUUGAACAAGAACGAAGAGAAUAUAUUGAAGCAAGACAAAGAUGUGAUCUGGAAGAAGACAUCAUAGAAAAACUAGAAGAAGAAGUUGUCUUUCUAAAACAAGAUGCUAAAUUAGCAUUUGAUAAGGUCAAUCCUCUUUACAGUUCUGCUGUGGCUGCAAUGCGAGCUUUGACAGUGCAAGGUUUAGAUGAACUGAAGAGAUAUAAGCAACCUCCUGAACAUGCUGUUACUGUUGUAAAAGCUUUAUGUGAUAUGUUUGAUGUGAAACCUGCUAACUGGGAUAAUGGAAAAGCACUUAUCAUGCAAGACAACUUUUAUGAAGAAUUGGAAUUUUUUGACAAAGACAAUAUUCCAGAGAAUAUUUAUCAAGCACUCAGCAAGAAUGUCAGAGAUCCAGAGUUCCAGCCUGCUCAAAUAGCGAAAGGAAGCAAGGCAGCAGAGUCAUUAUGUACUUGGAUGCAUGCUGUACACAGCUAUGCUAAAUUGUCCAGAUACCUCAAUCCGAAAAUUGCUAAACUCAAACAAGCAGAAACGAAGAUGAAAAAAGCACAAGCGACUCUUGGAGCUAAACGUGUGAGAUGUAACCAAAUCAAAGAAGAACUUGAUUCCAAAAUACAACAACAUAAAAAUGCAAGUCGAGCCGUCAGAAGAUAUGAGAGAGAUUUAAUAGAUCUUGAAUCGAAAAUGGCAAAGGCUCAGAUGUUGAUGGGAAAUCUCGCAGAAUAUGUCUUGAGAUGGAGACAUGAACGGCAUUCUACUAUUUCAAGAUUGGAAUCAGCAGUUGGUGAUAGUCUUCUUACUGCUGCAUGUUUAACAUACCAUAGUGUUCUGUGUAAAGAACAAAGAGAAAUAGCACUGGAAGAAUGGAAAAAAGCCUGCACACAUGAUCGAAUAGAUGAAAAGUCUGGUACAUUCGAGUCAUCUCGUCAACAUUCAGCAACACAAAAGCACAGAGAUUUACAUUCAACUCCAAGUCCCACUAGACAAGUUCAAUCUACCACUCCUUCUGGAUUCAGUGAGGCUGAUACCUGGGGAGAUAUAGAUGAUGAAAGUUCAAUAAUGACUUCAAAAUAUCGUCCCCUUGUUAUUGUGAGAGAAGAAUUUGAUUCAUCCAAUCUUCUCAUCUCUGAAGCAAUUCACAGAGAAUGGCAUCGUGGUGGUUUACCAAGAGAUCCUCGAAUUCGAUCUAACAUUGUAUCGAUACUUGCGAGUUCUUUAUAUCAACAAUCUUCUUGGCCUUUGAUAUUUGAUCCAGAUAAUCAAUUACGUUUAUGGAUGAAAACAAUCGUCAAAAACUUCUGUUUAAUGAGAUCGAAAGAAAAAUUAUCAAUUGCUGAAGAUGAACAAGAGUCACCUUAUCCUUCUAGCGGAGAUCCAUCAAGCACAAGUCAAAGUGAGGGAGUAGAUAUAUAUGAUGAUACUGAAAGUACUAUGGAAUCGAGUAGUCAUGAUUAUGAUGAUUCUUCUUCUGCUUAUUAUGAUGAUUUUGAAAGUACUGUCAUAAGUGUUACAAGUACUGCUCAAACAAUGAGAAGUGGAGGUACAUCUCGUAAAUCAAACAAAAAUAAAGGAGUUAGAUUUGCUGAUGAAAAGAAGACAGAACCACAGCCUACCAUCGGCACAACAUCUCAGAAAGAAUCUGAAGUAACACCUGAAACGAAACCUGUUAGUCAAGAGGAUAUUACUCAAAUUGAAGAUGUGGAUAAAGAACCAAAAACGCUUUUAAACAUCAUUAUCUGCGAAGCUGACAAUCCAGCAUUGAAAAACAAAAUUGUGGAAGCGGUACAGAACGGGCUUAUACUGUUUGUCACCAAUCUUGAAAAAGCAUCGUUUUCUGCUGCUCACGAGUUAUUGCUUUUACGACAUCAGCUUCGAUAUCGAGAUGAACUUUCAACAUCUUCUCUUGGAAUAUCAUCAUCUUCUCGAAUUUCCCUCUCUCUCACUGGUACGGGAAGUCGCAAGAUUCAAAGUCAUCAUAUUGUGUAUCACCAUCAUGUGCAUAGUAACUUCAGACUAUAUUUGAGCUGCAGUGUUGAUAUGAACUUUCUUGGAGGUCAUGGGUUUCCAAAUCUACCAAUGCAUAUCUGUAGCUGUGUUGAUUUUUCUCUUGAUGGAGAUGGUCUUGAAGAAAAAUUGACUCAAAUUGUUAUGGCUCAGGAAAGACCAGAAUUCGAAAGUCAUCGUAGAUUGCUAGAAGCAGAUAUUUUUCAUCUUGAAGAACAGAAAGAACGUCUUCAAUCUGAUUUACUUUUAAAAGUUUCUGGUAUUGAAGGUCCUAUUCUUUCUGAUCCCACAUUACUAGAUGCAAUUCGUGAUUGUAAACGGGAAACUAUUGGAACAGAUACAACUUUAGCUGAAACUAAAGUUAUGGAAUCAAACCUUUUACAGAAAAAGAUCGAUUUAGAGAAUGUUGCCAAACAAGGAAAAAUCGUUUAUGAAGCUUUAUCGCAAACAACAAUUCUUAAACCUAAUAUAUAUUACUGGACUGCAAACAAGUUCAUCCAUCUAUUUACAAGUACAUUGAAGUCAAGAAUGAGAGGAAAAGCAAGUGUUAAUGCAAAUGCUAAUUCUACAAGUGGUGGAUCAUUGAUCAAGUCUCGAGUUGCAGAAUUGAAUCAAAGUGUUCUGGAAUCGAUCUUACGUCAAUGCAAAAAAACUAUGUUCAAGAAUGAUUCUCUUGUUUUCAUGACACUGAUGGCACUUUCAAAACUACAACAACAAAAUAACAUGACCAGUGAUGAAGUUGGUAGUCUACUGUUGGGGGUUGAAGAUUGCAAGCUGCCACCAUCAGCACACCGAGUCACGAUGAUGAAUCUUGUCAAACCAAAAUGGAUUAAAGAUGACGUUUGGGAAGCAGCCAAAAAUCUUGAACAGAAACAUCGACAAACAUUUGGAGGAUUGGUCAGUUCUAUUUCUACAAAACAAAAAAGAUGGCAAGAAUAUUUACAUUCAACACCUGUAUUGUUGUCUAAUGUACCAUCUGACAAUCUGCUUCAUCUCAGUGUUGGACAAAAAGCAUUGUUGUGGAAAACUCUUCGACCUGACAUUGCUGGUCUGAUAAUAUCGGAAUUGUGUUCGAGUGUGUUGGGAAGUAUCACUACUGAAACUCUAGUGUGGAAUAUAAAUGAUAUCACAGCUCAAGUACAACAAACAAAUCCUGUAUUAUUCCUAAUUCCUGAAAAAGGUUCAAGUUAUCAACCGACGGUUGAAAUAUCUCAGGAAGCAAAAAUAAAAAAGAUUCAGACAAUUGAGCGAGCUGCGCCAUUUUCUGACGACCUCGGAGAAGUUUUAUUGGAAUGUAUGAGUGAAGGACAUUGGCUUGUUCUUCAUAACUGUGAAUUGGCUGACAGCUGGCCUGACAAGUUUUUAAAUUUACUGUACUCUCUGUCAGCAAUGAAUGAUGUGGACAUUGGUUUUCUUUCAAAAAAUAUAGAUGACAACAGUGUCAAAGGAGUCGGUGAAGAAAUCACAACUCGUUCAAUUUCAACAAUAACAACAGAAGAUGGAGACUUGGAUUCAGAAAGAUUAAGCAAACAGUCUGAAUCCAUAUCAAUGGAAGAAAUACUGACCCAUCGUCUACCAGUGAACGAAAAUUUCCGCUUGUGGCUGAUUUUACGACCAACCCAUGGCUUCUACUCAAGAACUAUCAUUCCUAGUGUUCUUCUACAAAAUGCAGCCAUUAUAAAUCUGGAACUACCAUGCACACACCAAGGUCUUGUCAAGCUGAAAUUCAAUCAAUUAACAGCGGGAGACCCACACCCAGAACAUGUUUUAAAUUUACAGUCAAAGCCGUCUAGAAAAGAGCCUCCAAUGUCUCAAGAACAGAAUAAUACAAUUUCAAAUGAUAACCACGUUCUCAAGAUUCAACUCUCUUUAUUGCAUGCAAUACUUCUUCAGAGACAGAUGUAUGAUAGGGUAAAUGUGCCUCAACAUACAGAUGAAGAUAUACUUGAUGUUUAUAAAUGGAGCCAAACGUUUGUUCAUGAUGGAAAUACAGAUGGUGUUAUACCAAUAUGCAAAGCACUAUUAUCUGACUCAAUUACAGAUGAAAAAAAACUGAAUGAACGGAAAUACUUCAUUGAAGAAUGUUUGUUGUCACCAGAAAAAGUAUUUGAUAUCAGGUAUCAACCAAGGAACAAAGGAAUUCAUCAUGAAUUACAAACAUUGUUGAGAGCUCCUAAAAAAUCUGAUCAAGGAUUCAAUUCGUUAAUGCCAAAAGCUGAUCUGGUCAAGUUAAACCUUCCCAACUCUGCAGAGCGUUCUUCAAUUUCUGAUAACAAUGAAAGGUUGUUGAGUGGUGUCAAAGCAAGUGCAAAAUUUGAAAUAAAUCGUGCUGGUGUAACUGAAGAGAACAAUGAUUAUAGGGCUUAUAAUCUAAACAUAUUAACAAUCAAAGAAAUGGAAGUUCAGCAACAACUCGAGAAUAUUCUCACGCAGGUUCAAAAUAUCUCAAUUCCAAGCCUUAAUGAGGAUGAAGAAAAUAUGCUGUCAAAAUCUGGGCCAUUGUAUGAGUUUUAUCAUAAAGAAUAUGCUCGUAUCAGCACUGCUGUUCAUUUAUUGAAAACAGAUAUUCAGGCUUGUAUAGCAGCUUCGAAAGGUCAAAUUGAGGUAAAUCCAACUGUACUGAACGUAAUCGAUGCUGUAUUAACUAACAAACUUCCUACGUUUUGGAUUGAGAAACACUCAGAAAUAUUUUUAUUCUUUACUGAGUAUUCAAUAAUAAAAUGGAUAAAAUAUUUACAAAACAUUGGGAACGUCUUGCCAAAAUAUGAACGGUUGUCACUUACUUCUCACUUAUCAGCGGAAUCCUUCACUGUGAAUAUGAUUGGACAAACGAGAAGAAAGUCAUCAGCGACACAAACACUUUCAUGUUACAAUCUUGCCACUUUUAUGAGGCCAGACAUGUUUUUGAAGUCAUUCUUAGCUGAAGUUGCUAAAAACAUGUUGCAAGACAUACAAAGACUUCAAUUUAAAGUGGAGGUGAUUUCAAAACACCUUCCUGCAUCUUCAUCUGACCUAAUGCAAGAUUCGAUAAUGUUGGAAGGAAUUUGGUUGCAACAUGCUGUGUAUGAUGAUAGAUUUAAUACAAUUCAAGAAACAGCCUCUGACAAAUGCCAUAAGUUGCCUAAUGUGUGCUUGUCAGUAGAAAAGAGGCCCAGAUACAAUAGGCCUGAUAUAUCAUCAGAAGAAAGAAACAUAUUCAAAUGUCCGGUCUAUCACCAUAAAAUGAAUCAAGGUGGCAACAUUUUAUUUACUAUUCCAAUGAAAUGUGAUGUUGAUCCUUUAAUUUAUGACGUAAAGGGUAUUCACGCAUUCUUAGCUAUUAACAGUCGUGGAAUUUGAAUGAUAUAAAGUAUUAUAGUAUAAACCGUUCCGCUAGUGCAACUUUAUAUAUAUAUAUAUGUUAUUGUUAAUAAAUAAGAGAGUGUUUAUUUUUAUUUUGUUUUACUAUAUAGUUUGAAAAGUGUUUAUUUGACAUAACUUAGUAUAGCGUAAUGGAAAUAUACUGUGAAAACAAACGAAAUAAUUUAUAGUCUUUAGUGUUUCAGAUUAUAUUUCAUAUGAUUUAUAUCUAUAUCUCGCCCACUGUUUAGUUAUGUUUUGUAUAUUUGCAAAGAUAUUCGAGAAUUUAUAAUAUUUUUCAAUUUGUUACCUAAUCCAAAACAUCUCUUCAAUAUGAUUUUUCGUGUGUUUUGUGUUCCCACGUUAUGUGAGUUGCAUAUUAAUAAUAAAUUUUUAAAAUA